AUGUCAUUCCCUCCAGACCUCGACGACAGCCAACAGCUGCCGUCUGGCAAGAAGGAGGUCGACUUCCACACUGAACACCCCCUCUUCCAAGACCUCUGUCCCGAUGACAGCUACACCUCCGAAGGUGUAUACUGGGCCGACCUUCCAUGGAAGGAGCGCCAGAACUGGGUCAACGCCCAGAGCAACGCAGAGACAAAGCGCGAGCUCAAGGUCAUCUGGGAAAUGUUCAAAAAGGACCCCCUCUCCCCCCUCAACACCUACUGCUCCCGCUACGUGAUCACCGGCUUUGGCAUGUUCACUGAAGGCUACACCAUCUUCUCCAUCGGUAACCUCACAUCCCUUUACUCGGCCGUAUGGCCCGAGUGCUGGGGCACCCACAAGAUUAUCGGUAUCAUCUGCGGUCAGAUCGGCGUCGGCAUCGAGGGUGACUGGAUCGGACGCCGCUUCGGCCUCGUUCAGGACGCGCUUGUUAUGGCUCUCGGCCUCGUCAUGCUCACCGCGUCCUGGGGCACCACUCUGAACGGCUGGGUCAUCUGCUACGCCUGGUCCCAGUUCGUCUACACUCUUGGCGUCGGCGGCGAGUACCCCAUGACAUCGACAUCGGCGCUCGAGCACAAGCCAGCCUCGGGAUCAGCGCAGCGCGACGACAAGCUCCACCGUGGCCGCAACGUCGUCCUCGCUUUCCUUAUGCAAGGCUGGGGUCAGCUCGUCAACCAGGCUGUGCUGAUUCUCCUCCUGCUCAUCUUCCACGGCGGCUCCACUCCCCCAUACUCGAAGAAGACCGGCCAGUGGGUCUUCCGUGUCUCCUUCGCCUUCAUGAUCCCCUUCACCCUCUGGCUCGCCUACUGGCGUUACUACAAGAAGAAGUACUCUGAGCACGCCCUCCGCAAGAGCAAGAGGGACGCACACGUCAACCAGUCCGGAUACGACUUGGUGUCCCUCAAGCUCGUCGUUUCGCACUUUGGCGGCCGCCUUGCCGGCACCUGCCUCGGCUGGCUCUUCGCCGACUUCCUCUUCUACGGCGCCAAGCUCUUCCAGUCCACCUUUAUCAAGGUUAUCACGCCGAACGCGAAGGGCGUCAUGACCGGCUGGCUGUGGAACCUGCUCAACGUCGGCGUCUCCAUGUUUGGAUACUACCUCGCCGCCUUCCUCGUCGACCACAAGUUCUACGGCCGCAAGCGCAUGCAGACCAUCGGCUUCCUGUUCCUCGGCAUAUUCUACCUCCUCCCCGCCAUCUGGUUCCACCAGCUGCAGAGCAAGGAGCACAUCAAGGGCUUCCAAACCAUCUACUUCCUGGCCUCCUUCUUCACCCAGUUUGGCCCCAACUGCACGACCUUCCUGCUCGCUGCCGAGGUCUUCCCCGUCUCGGUGCGCGCGACGGCGCACGGCCUCUCGGCCGCCGCGGGCAAGCUCGGAGCCCUUAUGCCCGCCAUCCUCUACAACUACAUUGACAACCGCACCAAGUUCUGGGUAGUCUGCUGGUUCGGCUUUGCGGGCUGGAUCACGACCCAGCUCUUCAUCCCUGAUGUCACGGGUCUGGACCUGCGCGAGCAGGACCGCUACUGGGCGUUUGUGCGCGAAGGCCGCGCGAAGGACUACCACGGCAUCGCGGUGCACCCUCGCCACCUGAGCAUGUGGGAGCGCGUCGUGCUUAAGCGCCACCGCGCAUACGACCCCGAGCUGGACCGCCAGAGCCGUAUCAAGGAGCUGCGCGUGAUGUGGGAGGCACGCAACCAGAUCAAGGAGGAGGGCGGGCGCGUCGACCUCGAGGACCACGAGGACGACGAGCUGUCGUCGACGGCGCACUCGUUCUUCGAGCGCGAGUUCCGCGUGCUGGAGAAGCCUAGAGACUGCCCUUUGAGCCCUCAUCCGUCCCGUUCUCCGUCGGGACCAAAGGCCCUUCCGCAACGCCUCCCGGCCGGCCCGAAAAGUGAGCGCCGCGAAAUACCGCUCGCCCACACCAUGAUAACCCGCGUCGCCUGCCCAUCUCUCGCAACUCGCACACGCACACUCACACGCGCCAUGACGAACGCUGCGAAACCGCGUGCGCUGGUGUUCGGCCUCGGCUCGAUUGGGGGGAUAUAUGCGGCUGCGCUCGCGCGGUCCGGCGCGUGCGAGGUCAGCGUGGUCGCGCGCAGCAACUACGACGCGAUCCGGGAGAAGGGGCUGCUGCUCAAGAGCGAGAAGCAUGGCGAGCACCAUUACCGGUUUGACGGGGUGUACAAGUCCCCGGCCGACGCCGCCGCCUCCGGCGCCUUCGACUACGUGCUGUGCGCGAACAAGGCGCUCCUCGCCGCCCAGCCCGCGCUGGAGGAAACCAUCGCGCCCGCCGUGUCCGCGCACACGACGCUCGUGCUCCUCCAGAACGGGGUGGGCAACGAGGCGCCGCUGCACGCAGCCUUCCCGCGCAACACGGUCAUCUCGGCCGUCGUGUGGACGGGCGGCAAGGUCGACGCGCCGACGGACGGCACGCCCACCGUGUCCCAGUUCGCGCGCGAGAGCCUCACCAUGGGCGUGGACUAUACGCCGGGGCUGGAGCGGGCGGCCGAGGACGCCAAGCUCGCGACGCUCGCGGAGAUCUUGGGCAAGGCCGCGUCGGAUACCGUCCUCACGGAUGAUAUCCAGAGCGCGCGGUGGAUCAAGGUGAUUUGGAACUGCGCGUGGAACGCGCUCACGACCGUCACGCGCCUGCGCACGAACCAGAUUUUCGCGUCGUCGCCCGGCGCCGAAGACUUCUCGCGCACACUCAUGGCCGAAGUCGUGGCGGUCGCGCGCGCCAAGGGCCUCGCGGUGCCGCCCGACACGGCGGACGACCUCAUGCGCCAGAUCCGCGAGAUCGGGGGCCCGGGCUUGCCGUCGUCCAUGAUGAUGGACAACGAGGCGGGGCGGCCCACCGAGGUCGAGGUCAUCCUCGGCGUGCCGAUGCGCGAGGGGAUGCGGCUCGGCGUGCCCGUGCCGAUUAUUACCACGCUGUAUACUAUCGUGCGUGCGCUCGAUUGGCGGAAUGCGCAUCCUGAAGAGGCCAAGUUUCCGUAG